AUGGUUUCUGCUGGUGAAUAUCACACCGUUCUUCUCCGCAGUGAUGGCUGUGCCGUGGCUUGUGGUUCCAAUGUGGACGGACAGACCAGGAUUCCAGCUUUGCCAUCGGCCGGAGUGGCAUACACGCAGGUUUCAGCCGGAGGAGGUCAUACAGUGCUUCUCCGAAGUGAUGGAACUGCUGUAGCUUGUGGAAAAAAUGGUGCUGGCCAGUGUGACAUCCCGCCUUUAGAUGCUCAAACCUCCUACACCCAGGUGUCUGCUGGUGGGUGUCAUACGGUUCUCCUCCGCAGUGAUGGCCAGGUUGUUACUUGCGGAAUGCAUGGUGGACAAAGCGAGCUUUCACUCUUCGCUACUGCAAUGAAUUUGUCAUCCACCCAGGUUUCUGCGGGCAGAUGUCAUACGGUGAUUCUCCGAAGUGAUGGCCAUGCGAUGGCCUGUGGACUCAACAGAAAUACACAAUGCAACAUUCCGCCCUUAGAUGUUGCCAUGUCAUACAUUCAGGUUGCAGCAGGGGGGUAUCAUACUGUGCUUCUCCGCUGCGAUGGCCGUGCUGUGGCUUGUGGAAAGAAUACUCACGGACAAUGCCACAUUCCACCUUGUGAUGAAGGAACAUGGUACACCCAGGUCUCUGCAGGCAAUGAUCAUACAGUACUUCUCCGAAGCGAUGGUUGUGCGGUGGCUUGUGGAUUGAACGUUGAUGGGCAAUGCAACAUUCCACCAUUGGAUGAAGGAAUGUCGUAUAUUCAGGUGUCUGCAGGCUGGUUUCAUACAGCACUCCUCCGGAGCGAUGGCUGCGUUGUUGCCUUUGGAAAAGGUACUUCAAGAUGUGAGAUUCCAUCUUUGGAGCCGGGCUUUUGUUAUGUUGGCGACGCUAUGCCACAUUCCAGGGAUGUCGUUUUGCAACUUGACUUUCUUUGUGAAUUUGAUACUUUCAUGCUCACCUGUUUCAGUUUGGCUGGGGAACAGGUACUGCGAUUGAAUGCACGUUGCUCUGACUUAGCUUGGAGUACUUACAAGCGCAUUGCCUGUAAAUUGAACGUGAACCUCCCAAGUCUAAAGCUGGUCUUGCCUGACGGCCACUUGUUGGCCUCCAUUUGCAGGGCGAAUCCACUAGCAAUUGUUGCGGAUCUGACUAGGCAAGGUGUGGCCAUUUUGAGCGGUGAUGUCUGGAUGGUAGAGCUAUGUCGAGAACUGGGCGCCAAGUCAGCCGUGUUUGUGACUGACGUGGAUGGUGUUUUUACUAAGCCACCGAGCGAGGCAGGCGCCGAGCUGGUGCCAGAGAUUUUGUUGGACAACAAGGGCGAGUUGGAGCUCCGAGGAGUGUCCAUGAACACCGCGUCGCACGAUGUCACUGGUGGCCUAAAGGCCAAACUGGAAAGCGCCGCGGACGUCUUGCGAGGAGCGCCCAGCGUGGAGGCUGUGUACAUCGUGCGGGCUGGCAGCAGCGCUGCUGCAGAGGCUCUGCACGGACUCGCUCCAAAGCAAGGUACUACUCUCAGAAGACGCUGA